AGCAUCACCAACAGCCUCACUUCACCAUGACGGACUGGACUGUGGGCGUCAUGCCCUUGACCCAGGUGCGCAAGCCGCCCUUCACCAUCGAGGCGCCCGGCUACGAAAAGGUCCCCGGCGAGACCAUCCCUCGCCGCCACCCGGCAGCCAAGGACGGCCUGCUCACCAAGCCCGCCGAUGACGUACACACCGUCUUCGACAUUGUCCGCCGCAGCGCCCGCGAGUACCCGAACCACCUCGCCGUCGGCCACCGGAAGCUCAUUGAGCUGCACAAGGAGAUCAAGAAGGUGCCCAAGAACGUCGACGGCCAGGUCGUCGAGGUCGACAAGGAGUGGCAGUUCUUCGAGCUCACCAAGUUCGACUUCAUGACCUUCAAGGAGUACGAGACGCUCGUCCUGCAGCUCGGCUCCGGCCUGCGCAAGCUGGGCCUCACCCCCGGCUCUUCCAGGCUGCACCUCUUUGCCACAACCAGUGUGAGCUGGAUCUCCAUGUCUCACGCCUGUGCCUCCCAGGCCAUCUCCAUCGUCACUGCCUACGACACCCUCGGCGAGUCCGGCGUCGAGCACUCCCUGGUCCAGACCGAUGCCGAGGCCAUGUACAUUGACCCUCACCUGCUCAAGACGGCCGCCGGCCCCAUCCGGAGAUCAAAGGUCAAGACGGUCAUCGUCAACGAGGACUGCAUUUUCACCUCUGGAGGCGAGAUCGAGGCCUUCAAGCAGGAAAACCCUGAUAUUCGCGUCAUUACCUGGGAGGAGCUUCGCGAGCUCGGCAAGGACAACAUGGUUGAGCCUUCACCUGGCGCCCCCUCGGAUGUCUUCUGCAUCAUGUACACCUCCGGCUCCACUGGUCUUCCCAAGGGUGCCUGCAUCACCCACGAGGCGCUUGUUGCGGGAGGUACCGUUAGCGACAAGGAGGUUGUCCUUGCCUACCUGCCGCUUGCACACAUCUUCGAAAUGGCUCUCGAGAACCUCGUCCUGUUCAUUGGCGGCUGCCUAGGAUAUGGAAACCCCAGAACUCUUUCCGACACGUCCAUGAGAAACUGCGCUGGUGACAUGCGGGAGCUGCGGCCAACCGUCAUGGUUGGUGUCCCUCAGGUGUGGGAGACGGUCAAGAAGGGAGUCAUGGCCAAGCUGGACACUUCCAGCCCCGUCGUCAAGUCCCUGUUCUGGGGAGCCUUCAGCUACAAGAGCUUCAUGUCGCGCAACAAGCUUCCGCUUGCCAGCAUCUUUGACAGCAUCGUUUUCAGCAAGGUUCGACAGCUGACCGGAGGCCGGCUGCGGUUUACCAUGAAUGGCGCCAGCGGCAUUUCGGACAGCACAAAGCAGUUCCUUUCCCUGGUUCUCGCCCCCAUGUUGACCGGUUACGGCCUGACCGAGACCUGCGCCAACGGAGCGCUAGGCAACCCGCUCGAGUACACUGCCAACUCCAUCGGCCCUGUUUCUGGCGCCAUUGAAGUGAAGCUGGUUUCCAUUCCUGACAUUGGGUACUCUACCGAAGCCAAGGUUCCCCAGGGUGAGAUCUGGAUGAGGGGUCUCCCCAUCAUGAAGGAGUAUUUCAACAACCCGGAAGAGACGGCCAAGGCUCUCACUCCCGAUGGUUGGUUCAAGACGGGCGAUAUUGGCGAGUUCGAUGCUGAUGGUCACUUGCGCGUCAUUGACCGAGUCAAGAACCUCGUCAAGAUGCAGGGCGGAGAGUACAUUGCCCUGGAGAAGCUCGAGGCUGUUUACCGUGGCUCCCAGAUGGUCGCCAACGUCAUGAUUCACGCCGAUCCCGAGCACAACCGCCCCAUUGCCAUCAUCAUGCCCAACGAGAAGGUCCUGGCCGCCAAGGCUCAGGAGCUUGGCGUUGACGAGCACAGCAUGCACCACGAUUCCAAGGUCCAGGCGGCAGUUCUCAAGGAUCUGCAAACCGUCGCCAAGCGAUCUGGCCUGUCUGGUUUGGAGACGAUAGGCGGCGUUGUGAUUACUGACGCGGAGUGGACACCCGAUAGCGGCCUGGUCACUGCUACGCAGAAGCUUAACCGGAAGGUCAUCAAGGAAAAUUUCAAGACGCAGAUUGACGAGUGCUUGAAGCAUGCUCCUUGA